AUGAGCACUUCAGCGUGUUCAAGCGCCAUCUCACGUGCUCUCUCACGCACUCACUCAUGCGCUCUCUCACGCGCUCUCUCAUACGCACUCACACGCGCUCUCUCACGCGAACUCUCACGCGCUCUCUCACGCGCUCUCUCACGCUCACCCUCACGCGCUCCCUCGCGCGCACUCUCACUCGCACGCGCUCUCUCACUCGCACUCUCACGCGCUCUCUCACUUGCACUCUCACGCGCUCUCUCACUCACACUCUCACACGCUCUCUCACGUGCUCUCUCUCACGCACUCACUCACAUGCCCUCUAAUGCGCUCUCUCACGCGCACUCUCACGCGCACUCUCACGCGCUCUCUCACACGCACUCUCACACGCUCUCUCACGCGCUCGCUCACGCACUCUCUCACGCUCUCUCACACGUUCUCACGCGCUCUCUCACGCACUCUCUCACGCGCUCUUUUAUGCGUCUCUCACGCGCUCUCUCAUGCGCUUUCUCACAUGCUGUCUCUCACGCACUCACUCAUGCGCUCUCUCACGCGCUCUCUCACGCACUCUCUCACGCGCUCUCUCACACGCUCUCUGACGCUCACUCUCACGCGCUCUCUCACACAUAUUCUCACGCGCACGCGCUCUCUCAUGGGCUCUCUCACGCACUCUCUCACGCGCUCUCUCACUUGCACUCCCAAGCGCUCUCUCACGUGCUCUCUCUCACGCACUCACUCACAUGCCCUCUAAUGCGCUCUCACGUGCUCUCUCACGCGCUCUCUCAUGCGCUCUCUCAUGCGCUCUCACGCGCUCUCUCACGCGCUCUCUCAUGCGCUUUCUCGUGUGCUCUCUCUCACGCACUCACUCAUGCGCUCUGGCACGCGCUCUCUCACGCGCUCCCUCACGCACUCCCUCACGCGCUCCCUCGCGGGCACUCUCACGUGCGAUCACGCGCACGUGCUCUCUCAUGGCCUCUCUCACGUGCUCUCUCACACGCUCUCUCACGUGCGCUCUCUCACGCGCUCUCUCACGUGCUCUCUCAUGCUCACUCUCACGCGCUCUCUCACGCACAUUCUCACGCGCACGCGCUCUCUCAUGGGCUCUCUCACGCGCUCUCUCACGCGCUCUCUCACGUGCUCUCUCAAGUGCUCUCUCACGUGCUCUCUCUCACGCACUCACUCACAUGCCCUCUAAUGCGCUCUCACGUGCUCUCUCACGCGCUCUCUCACGCGCUCUCUCACGCGCUUUCUCAUUCGCUUUCUCAUGUGCUCUCUCUCACGCACUCUCUGACGUGCGCUCUCCCACGCGCUCUCUCACGCGCUCUCUCACGCGCUCUCUAA